GAUACCAAGAUGCCCUGUUCCGCGGUGACGCUGUCCCUCGCGACCAUAACCGGUAUCAUUGCCACUGGUCUUCUGGCGAUCGCCUUUUCUACGGAUAACUGGCUCUACACCGAGGUCAAACGUGCCCAAAUCCAGCAAUAUGCAGCCAAGCAUGCCGAGCAGAGCCACUUGGUGGUGAAAAUGAAUACAAAGUACUAUUACUACACGAGGACGCAGGGUCUCUUCAGGAUAUGCUAUCCCAAAGAAAGGCCACCGACUGUUCAAACCUACUUAAGUCCUGUGGAGACACACUGUAUGAACAUCAAUUACUUCAUCCCUGACGAAGAAAACCUAACAAGGGGCUUCUCGGACGAUGCAAUGACUCGACUUCACAUGGGCAGAUCUGUGAUAGCUCUGUUUAUAGUGGGAUUCGUCGCAAUCUUUACGGCAUUCUGGACGGGAGUGGUAGGCUGCUGGAAGAGGUCACCAGGAAAUAUCACAGCCACCGCAAUCUUGAUGUUGCUAGCAUGCCUAUUAAGUGCUAGCGCCAUGGGGCUGUGGCACGGAGUGGAAUAUUAUGAGAAAGAGAAAAUCGUCGGAGAAGAGUACUAUCAACAAUGGAGUAACGUCCUGAAGGACAACUCACUAAUCUCGUACGACUGGUCGUACGUGGUCGCUUGGGUCGGCGUCGGUUGGUCGUUGGUCAGCGCGAUCUUGUUUAGCGCCGCGGCGAUUUGCUUGAGGGGCGAGAGAAUGCGCGAGGAGGCGAUGAACAUGCAGUACCUCAUGCCUGUAUAUCCUCAGAAGCAACAGUACGCUUAUGCAGGCUACCCAGCACCGGCAGCAUAUCCAGGACCUUACUAUCAUGGAUCGCAGUACGGACCGUACAACUACUGAAGAAAUUCCGUGUCAUCUCUAUCAACAGGGGAAAGAAAGAGUCUAGAGCGCGGAGCGUGAAACGUGCUCGUAGUGAACAAAAUGUAACCUGGCAAGCGAUGAUUCCCAAAGGGAAUGAUAAAAAAAAAAAAAAAAGAAAAACGAAACGGACGAGACAAAAAACGAAGACGCCGAGAGGUCGAUCGUAAAUCCCAAACCGAGCCUGCACGAGGAGAAAAAUAAAAAACAAAGAAGGACGACCUUGGGUCCCGCCCUAGGUAUAAUUUAUCAUUUGUUUUAAACGAUACGUUACGGACGUUCUGGUGCACACCUGCGGGUCCCACGAUCUCCGAUCUCCGUUUUCUCUUUCGGCAGGUGUCCGUUUGGAACAUGAUCGCUCGCACGGGAAUCAGUUUGACUCGCGAGAGAGACAGUUGCUCAAAAACAAUCCGCGUACUUACUUAGAACUGGGAUGACCCUAUAUGCAAUAAUACUUCUUUUUUCUUUCUCAAAUCUAAUAUUCUUUACUGCAUUACUCUUCGUACGUGUUGAUCGUGCUAGGACAAUAAUAAUAGUAAUGGUAAUAGUAACAAUAAUGAGAAGAGAUAUGAACGUGGAAGAGAGAUACGUAACAUAAGUGUUGGUCAUUGAUUACACGUUUGAUUGGCUACAUGAUCUUUCUCAGGUGAAUGAGGAACGGCAUAUCGUUCAACAUUUAUCUCGCAAUAUCGUGACGUCGAAUUUCUAAAAGUACCGUACGACUGAUGAGGUUAACCGUCAAUUCUUAUAGUGCCUUACUUUCAAUUACCUUUCAUUCUUACUGUAAACCGACAGUAUGGAACAUUAUCAUCACCGACAGUAUCGUCGAACGCUUCGUUACCUUUGUUCCAGUUCAGGCAAACAAUUUAUUAAUUAUACGAAGGAUAUUCGACGAUAUAUAGCUAAGUGAAGCCGAAACUACACUGUUCCUUUAAAGUGAAACAGUGUAAACUCGGCUUUAGAGUUAGCAAACCGAGUGGAGGGGCGAAUACGUCAAACAAAUAUUGUGCAAAAUUGUUGUUUAUUUAUGUUCGAACGAGUAGAAAUUUCGUCAGCGAAAAAAAAAAUUCGACAACAUGGUGCGAGAGAAAUAUCCGUUAGUCAAAUCGAUAUAAAUGGCAAAAAGCGUAAAAUGGGUGCAUCGUAUCAUUUAUAGAUAUCACAUUUCAUAAUAAUGAUUUGCCUCAUCAACUCACUAGACUUUUUAAUGUGUAGAUUCCCUCUUUUUUAUAACGACAUAUAAGAUUUCUUGUUGCGGUAUCGUUACGUAAGGUAUUAAGAAGUAAAAAAUAUUUCAAUUAUUUUAUACAUGCAUAUUUUUUUGAGUAAAUAAAUUAAAUCAGAUUUAUACCAAUUAUUACUUCUUUCAAUUGUUACAAUUAUACUAUAAAAGUUAGACGAAUGUGGAAAGAAAUUGAAUUAUGUAAGUAUACAUAACUGUUUGUUUAUGUACAUUCAAAAUCGGAUAUUUUAUUGUACUCAGAAACAAAUAUUAUUAAAAAUCCUAACCCUUUAUGUAUUAUAAAAGGUGCAACGUAUCAUUAAAAGUUAUUUAAUAUAUUUGAUACGUUAUAAACA